AUGAAGUUCAUCAAGGCCAUUUCACUUGCUACUUUCGCCUUCGCCGGCAUUGGCGAAUGCCAACCCAGCCAAACCUCUUGGCCGUGCCUGGCCGCUGUCAAGGCCAUGGCAUCGACCCUCCGCGGCGAAGCUACAGAUUUCAACAAGGAGACUUUCCCCAAUAGCGCAAAUGAGCUCGCCGGGUCCGUCGCGACGUGCGGCGAAAUACUCGGCAGAUCGGCCGAGCUUUCGGAAGAGGACAUUGGUGCCUUUGAGGACCAGAUGGUCGGAAUCAAGCGAGAAAUCGUUUCCCUUCAGGAUCCAUUGAAGGGUAGCAAAGGGAGCGUCGAGACGGCCGGUGCUUGCGCAAUCGUCAACAAGUCGCUCUACGGCAUUCUUGACGCAUUCUUCCGCGUCAUACCUGUCAUCGACACCAAGAUUGGCUCGAGCGCCGUCGUCACGACCGAGGAAAUUCUGAAGCUCUUGUCCGACUCCGAUUCCGAGUUUGAUGAGGCAUACUGCAAAAAUGCCGGCACUCAAUAA